AUGAACGAGACGAUGAGACCACCUCCAUUACCUCUACCCAAACCCAUCAACAACGAAGGAAGUAGUAAAACCCCCGCUGGAGUUGUGAAGCAGGUGAAUGGAGCCAAGCUAGACAAAGAGAAAACUGGAAGACAGAGUUUCAGCUGCGCAGAAUGUAGAAGACUCAAGCUGAAAUGCUCAAGAGAGUGGCCCUGUACUUCCUGUGAGAAACGAGGCUGUGCUCAGAUUUGUCCAAAUGGAGAGAUGCGUACUGGAAAAGGCAAAAGAUUAAUUCUGGCCGACACUGCAGAACUUCAUCAACGUAUAUCAAUACUCGAAGUUGCUCUUGCUCAAGCACAUGCUAAAAGCAGUUCCACGCCUCACCCUCUUCUUGAAUCUCCAUAUCUGUUUUCACCGCGCGAGAACAACGGUAGACCAUAUCCUCGACCAUCCAUAAAAGAGGAAGUGAGACUUCCUGCUGGAGAAGACGAUCUUGUACAGGGAGCAUUUGGCACUCUGACUAUCGGAGAGGAGGGACAAGCAAAAUUCGUGGGGAGUUUCGCAGGUAGCGAGUAUCUGAGGGAAGGUGAAGAAUCGGAUGGAGAAGGAAGUCCCAUCGCUACCUCCAACGUACAGCUUCGAGGAUCGACCAACACCCAUGGUCCACCUCUUGUAACGCCCCCUGCCACCGCUGCGGGUGAGUGGAAUCAAGGUCAUCAAACCCAAAAUGCUUAUCAGAACGACGGAUUGGGACUAUACGCUUCCCUUUUCGCGGGUGGAGAUAUACAGUCCGAUUUAGAAAAGCUGCGCGCAGAGUUGCCAGAUUAUGAUCUGGAAGGAAGAAGUUUGGUGGAGAGUUAUUGGGAGAAUGUCAAUUGGCAAUACCAACCUAUACCUCGAGCUAUGUUCGAGAAUGAUCACGUUAUGAACGCCUAUGACACAGAAGCAUCGCCGAACGCUCAUAAGAUAGCGUGUGUAUUCCUUGUCAUGGCUUUAGGGGCAAUGUUCGAUUUGAAUAGACCACCUUUCCAUCAUCGAGGGGAACAGCUUUUCCGUAUUGGAAGGACGUGUAUCAGCAUAGUCGGUCUGGAGAACUCCAGCCCAGCAACUGUCCAAGCUUUACAUCUUAUGGGGACGUAUAUCCUAAACGAUAAACGUGGCAAUGGCGCCGAAGUCUUCUGGCCUAUACUUGGAACCGCAGUCAAAGUAGCACAGAGUCUUGGACUUCAUAGAGAUGGAUCACACUUUGGUCUUUCGCCGUAUGAGAUUGAGGAGAGACGUCAAGUCUGGUGGGAGGUAGUGACGUAUGAUAGGUUACAGGCCCUCUGUUUUGGACGACCAUGUGCUACAAGUGACAAAUAUGCGGACACUAAGAUACCGGAGAACACGGAGCUAAUAGGUGAUGAGAGUGGUUUUCAUCGUGCUAAAUACACUCUGAUCACGAUGAUGGAACGAGUGAUAGAUGUGCAAGCACAAGCAAACGCGGUGUCAUACAGCGCAGUCAUGCAGCUUGACUCUGAGCUGAGGGAGUUCAAGAAGAAUCUUCCUGAACACCUCCUACCCAAUGUCGCUAUACAAGAUUUGCCGUUAGAUCGCAGUGUUGAACCUCAUCUCGUUAUACAUCGCCUGGGUAUUCGAUUACAAGUCGCACAGAUGCGCUUGCUCCUCAAUCGCCCCCUUUUCGCUCGAGCUCUCAAAGAUAAUCCAGAAGAUCCUUCUCGAUGGAAACUUGGUCCUAGCUUCAUUGCUCUAUUCGAGAGCGCUCAAGAGAUAGUCCAGCUAGUCAAGACUUUGGUGAUCUAUCACCCGUCCUUAGUGGCGAGAUGGUGGUUCUUCUGGUUUCAUGCAUUUUCCAGCGCUGUCUGUCUAUCGGCAAUUGUCAUCCGUGCUCCGACAUGCGCCUUUGCUAGUCCAUCUUUCCAUGGCAUGUCCAUUGUAUGUGACAUCUCUGCAGCUGCUCGCGAAGGUUGUCGAGCAAAGAAAGGUCUCCCAAUACUACUUCGACUGCGUAAACGCGCCCAUGAAGCUCUAGUAGCAGCAACCAAGUCGAAGGAUAAAGAUACAACCGAAGCUUCCGGUGAGGAAGAUGAUCUCAGUCACUUGGUUGGUUCAGCCAAAUUGAGAAGAGUUCAAGCUCCUUUGCAUAAGCGGACAAUAUCGAGUCCAGGAACCGGUACUCAAGGUCUUGUUGGGGAAACCACUCCUUCACCUCAAUCGAAUACAUCAGUGGCUACUUCUGCGACAUUAGCUGAACCGGGUAUAUACGAUGGAAUCGUACCUCCUUUCCCUAGUGAUAUGAACGUGACAUCGUACUCGCUGAACCAACAAUCACUUCAGACGCCCGCUACUUGGAUAUCCGAUGAUUCGAUGAACCAAUAUAUCAAUUCAAGUGUUAGUCCUCCAAUCGCAAUGUCAAGUUUUCAAUCUGUAAACGCAAAUAUAAGUGGGACUACUUCUCAGAACCCAUAUAACCAAGGACAAAACCAGUCUCCAACUAUGGUGUACCUGAAUCAACACGGUUACAAUGGAAAUGGUGGAAAUGAACCAAGAUCAGAUUUCGUGGAUAUGGAUAUGUCAAUGGCAUUGGGAAUGGGAUUGGGCGUUCCAUUGAAUAACGGUGCAGGGACGAACAUAGAUAAUGGAAGGUCUGACCAGAAUCAAAGUUUCUCUGGAGCAGGAGUAUAUCAUAACGACAAUGACUCGAAUGGAAAUUUGCAAAAUAAUGGGAAUAUAAUGUUUAAUCCCGAGGGUGAGAUGUUUGGAUUUAAUUUUGAAGAAUUUGUCAAUCAGAUGGGAGGCGGUUAA